UUUCUUUCUUUGUAUAAAAAUAUAAUGAUGGUGGUGAACAAUGAAUUGAAAUGGGCAAAGUGUUGAAUGUUUUUUCCCAUUUCUAUAUGAAGACGAUGAUAUGACUUUUGUUUCAUUUUGAUUGAAGGAAAAUUAAAUUAAUUUUUCUCCUUGUCUGGUUUGUUGUUUGUGUGAGCAUCACCAUCAUCAUCAUCAUUAUCUUGGAGUCUUGAUGAUGUGUAAUUGUUUUUACUGUUCUCCAAUAAGCACUAAUUCAUUCAUUCAUUCAUGCAUUGAAUGUGUUUGUUGAUGUGAAUUUUUGAAAAUGCAAGUGAAAAGUGAAUAACUGUAUCUGGCAAUAUAUAACUUGAUAGCUUGAUUCUUUGGAACCGAAUAUUGCGCAUGAAUGAUCGGAUCAUAAUCAUUUCAUUGUCUUGUGUGAAGGAAAAAAUUCAACAAAUUAACCAACCAUUGUAAUUGUAACAAGGCGCAUGGUUCCAGAGUGAAAUGAAAUGUUUCAUUUAAUAUAUAAGUGAAAACUGUGCCAUUUUUGGUUCAAAGUUUUUUUUGUCCAUGUUCGACUUGUUCAUUCCAUUGCAUGAGAUGAGAUGAGAUGAGAGCGAAAAUUUGAAAAUUCAACAAUCACAAUCAUCAUCAGAACAUGAAUAAUAAUGUGACUGACACAACUGAAUCGAUUGAUCCGAUUCGUGAAUUUUGUUCCUAUUUUGAUCGACUAUUGAAUAGCCAUGUCGAUAAUAAUAAUGACCAUCAUAGGCCUACUAUAUCUACAUCUAUAUCUACAGCAUCGAAGACAAUGAAAACAUCAUUGUCAACAGCAUUAUACGAAUUGAACAAUGAUCAGCGAAUAGCGUUGGAAAUGAGUGUAAUCACAUCAUUGUUGGCGUUGAUAAUUAGUUUUGCCGUAUACUGUAUACUACCCAGUCUGCGUACUGUGCCGGGAAAAUGUUUAAUGGGCCUGAUAUCCAGUGAAUUUGUUUCCAAUCUGCUGAUUUUCAUUGCCAUCAAUCUACCGCGAGGACAGCCAAAGAUUGUUUGUGUCACAAUCACCAUAUUCUUGCAUUAUUUUUUACUUAGCAUUCUUAGUUGGACUAAUCUAAUUGCGUUCGAUAUAUUGCGAAAGGUACGAAUUCCAACACUGGUAUUGCGAGGUGUAAUUCGUUAUUUCCUAAUGGCAUACAUUGUUCCAAUAAUGAUCAUAUCGAUUGCACUGGCGCUGGAUUUUCUUCAUUAUCUCAACUACAAUGGAUCGAAAAUUGUCAACAAAAUUCUCUCGUUUCGACCCAAUUAUGGUGCCAACAAUUAUUGUGGUAUAAGUAAUGUUCGUGCACAUUUCCUGUUUGUUGUGUUGCCAAUAUGUCUGUCAUUUUGUUUCAAUGUUUUCACAUUGAUUGCUGCUAUACUGAGAAUCAAAACAUCCACACUGGGCCCAAGUCGGCCAUCCAUAUCAAAGAAUGAGGAUCACCAUUCCAAUAGACAUGAUUACAGCAGUCGUAGUCGUAGUCGUAGUCGUGAUCGUGAUCGUGAUCGUAGUCGACCAAUGAUGGCAAGCAAUUCUUUUCAACACCGUAUUGUUUGGUAUCUGAAAAUCUUUAUUCUGUUGGGUGUAUUGAAUCUUUUCACAUUUAUUGGCAACGCAUUUCUCAAUAAUUGUCAGGUUGCCAAUUUUUGGUCAUUAAUGUUAUUGUCAUCACAUGGCACUUGCAUAUUCAUUGCAUUCGUAUGCAAAAAACCCAUUUUUCGCCAACUGCAUCGACAAUUUAGAUCGGAUUAUUCUCGAACGAGUGGUGUGGUUCAUAAUAGUCACAAAUUUGACAGUAGUCGACAACAAACGAUUCGCAAAAAUGAGGAUGAACAAGACCAAGCUGAUGAUCAAAAUAAAGAUGAAAGGAAUCGAUAUGAGAAAUCUGCCCAAUACAUCUGAUUUGUCAUGUUGAUUGAUGAUGAAUUAAAAUUGUCGUUGUUUUUUUAUUUACUCACACAUACAUUAGUUGGUCGCUAUUGCUAGUUUUAAACGGAAUUGGAAGCAAGACUAUUCUGCUGUUUCACAGUGGUUAAUUUUUCACCAAAGCACCCCAUUGAUUGUUUUCAUUGUUGUGGUCGGGAUUUUUUGAUUUGAAAUGAUUUUUCUCCACAUUCGAAUCGAAACGGCAUAAUUUGGGCAAUAAAAUUUUCUUUUAUCGA